GAAACCUACGGGGAGGACCCGUUCCUGAGCGGAGAGCUGGCCCGCAGCUUCGUGGAGGGGCUGCAGGGCCAGCACCCCCGCUACAUCAAGGCCAGUGCUGGCUGCAAGCACUUCAGCGUGCACGGGGGCCCUGAGAACAUCCCCGUCUCCAGGCUCAGCUUCGACGCCAAGGUGCUGGAGCGGGACUGGCACACCACCUUCCUGCCCCAGUUCCAGGCAUGCGUGCGCGCUGGCUCCUACAGCUUCAUGUGCAGCUACAACAGGAUAAACGGCGUUCCUGCCUGCGCCAACAAGAAGCUGCUGACAGACAUCCUGCGUGACGAGUGGGGGUUCAAGGGCUAUGUGGUGAGCGAUGAGGGGGCGCUGGAGCUCAUCAUGCUGGGGCACCACUACACGCGCACCUUCCUGGAGACGGCGGUCGUGUCGAUGAACGCUGGCUGCAACCUGGAGCUCUCCUACGGCGUGAGGAACAACGUCUUCAUGCACAUCCCCCAGGCUCUGGCCAUGGGCAACAUCACGCUGCAGAUGCUACGUGACCGGGUCCGGCCCCUCUUCUACACGCGGAUGCGGCUGGGGGAGUUCGACCCCCCGGCCAUGAACCCCUACAGCGCCCUGGACAUGAGCACCGUGCAGAGUCCUGAGCACCGCAACCUCUCGCUGGAAGCUGCUGUCAAGAGCUUCGUGCUGCUGAAGAACACGCAGGGGACGCUGCCCCUCCAGGCCCGGGACCUGCCCGGCAAGCGCCUUGCGGUGGUGGGUCCCUUCGCCGACAACCCCCGGGUGCUGUUUGGGGACUAUGCACCGGUGCCAGAGCCGCGGUACAUCUACACUCCCCGGUGA